CACACACACGCAGACAGAUCGGGGCAGAGCCCAGGGCCAGCGGGGAGAGAAAUAUCCCCGAGCUUUCUUGGAAGCUCUCGCGGCCCGGGGCUGCUGAUCGGAUCCGAGAAAUGGCGGCGGCGGCUGCGGCCGAGGCGCCGGCGGAGGACCCCUCUCCUCCCCGCCCGCCGCCUCCCGAGAAGCGCGCUUCGCCGGCGGACGCCGAGGUCCAGGAGGAGCGGCCGGAGCCGAAGCGCCGGCGCGCCCGCGUGGCCGCGCUCGAGAACCUCCCCCGCGCUGCUGCGGUGGCGAGCGAGGAGGAGGACGACGAUGCGGGCGACGGCGGAGGGUCGUCGUCGUCGUUCUCGUUCCACGCGCGGAGCUUCUCCGGGGUGGAGACGACGCCCAAGUUCGGGUCUUUCAACCCCGCCGCCGCCCAGUUCGUGGCCUUCCACCUGACGCCGCCGCCGCCCCUGGUCGACCCGGCGGAGGACGAGGCGGACUCCCCGCCCCCGCCGCCGGUACGCACCCACGACGACGGCGACGAUGACAAUGACGAGGUCAAGGGCAAGGAUGGCAAUUCACACUAGCGCCGGCAGCAGAGGGUCUUGUUUUUGACUUAGGCAGAGGUCGAGCAGGGGAAUUUACCGACCCUAGUUCGUGUGACCUCUGUUCCUUGGCUAGACAGUGUGGCAUUUCUUCCUCUUCUAUUUUGAUUUGUGUCUACUUCUUCUUCUUCUCUCCUCUCGAUGCCAAUGCUCUUUUUGUACAUCAGUGUCUUCCUCGUGUGUUGUACUGUAGUCUUGUACUGAUACGAUUAGUGAAUAAGAGUGUUUUUGUA